AUGAAUCGUCCGGCCCGAGCUGUGUCUUGGAGAGUCGCGCCUCCGCAGACCUGCCGUCGCUCGCUGUCCACGACUCCCCAGCUUUCUCGCAAUCCGUCCAAGAAAAAGGGCCGGGACCCCUUGAGGGCUCUUCACCGCAUAAAGGCCCGGUUCGGGUCAGCAUUAGAACCCGGGCUGGGCAGUGACGCUGCCUCUCAAGCCGCCUCCCAAGUUGCCUCGCAAGAUGCCUCCCGAGCCGCCCCUGUCAGAAAGGCACCCAAAACCGCGCAAGAGCAGCUCUUCAGCAGGCAGCGCAGGCAAUUCCAUGACAUCUUCCAGUCCACAGUGCGCUCCCACUUCCAGUCUGUCCUCAGUCACCUCAAGUCUUUGCAGUCGUCGGACGAGGGCGUUGGUCAAGAUGAGCUUAGCAAGCAUGCCAGAUCCUUUACCAAGGAGUUGGACAAGUCGUUUCGGCUGGCAGAGCAAAACAUCACAAAGUUCGACCUCAACCCCUUGUACUCCAGGCUUAGGGAUGCUUUUUACAACGCCGAACCUGGCGCCCUCAAGAAGCAGGUCCACUUCGCCUUCACGACGCACAUUGCCGCAACUCGCUUCACCCCUGAGAUUCAGGAGACGAUGAAGCGGCUGCUCGACAUGCGAUUCCCCCACGAAUGGUUCCCGGCCACGAGGGCCAUGCAGCGAACCAUACACGUCCAUGUCGGGCCCACCAACUCGGGCAAGACGUACAAUGCCCUCAAGGCCCUGGAAAACGCAAAGAGCGGCGUCUACGCCGGCCCGCUUCGCCUGCUGGCCACCGAGGUCUACCAGCGCCUCAGUGCAAAGGGCCACGCCUGCUCGCUCGUCACGGGAGAGGAGGUGCGCAUUCCCGACGACACCGACACGUACUUUGCCAGCUGCACGGUGGAAAUGACUCCGCUCAACACGCGAUACGACGUCGCCGUCAUUGACGAGAUCCAGAUGAUUGCCGACGACGAGCGCGGAAACGCCUGGUCCACUGCCUUCCUGGGCGUGCAGGCAAAGGAGGUGCAUCUCUGCGGCGAGGAGCGUACCGUUCCCCUGAUCCAGGCGCUGUGCGCUGGCAUCGGCGACAAGUGCAUCAUCUAUCACUACCAACGCCUCAGCCCCCUCGAAACCAUGCAAAGCUCCAUCGACAACGACUUUAGCAAGCUGAAAAAGGGCGACGCCGUUGUGUCCUUUAGCCGGGUGGCAAUCCACGCCCUCAAGAAGAAGAUUGAGGAAUGGACGGGCCGGAGGUGCGCCAUCAUCUAUGGCAAUCUGCCGCCCGAGGUGCGCGUUCAGCAGGCGGCCUUGUUUAACGAUCCCAACAACGACUACGAUUACGUCGUCGCGAGCGACGCCAUCGGCAUGGGCCUCAACCUGGAGAUUCGGCGCGUCAUCUUUGAGACGAUUGUCAAGUUUGACGGCCGCCAGCGUCGGAGGCUCUAUUUUCCCGAGAUCAAGCAAAUCGGCGGCAGGGCUGGGCGGUACCGGACGGCAGCUAGUGACACGGUGGCAGCCUGGGGUGCGGCAGAGCCGGAAAAGCUGGGGCUGGUGACGACGUUGGAGUCAUCGGACCUGCGAGUCGUCCACCAGGCCUUCAAUAUGCGCGUCGAAAACAUCAGAAAGGCCUCCAUCUACCCUGCCGCAGGGAUAAUAGAGCGGUUCGCGUCCUUUUUCCCGCCUGGCACGCCCCUUUCCUAUAUCUUGCUUCGCAUCAAGGCAAUGGCGAGAGUCGGACCGCGAUAUCAACUCGACAUUUCCAAGACGAUUCUCGAAAUUGCAGACGUUCUGCAGCACCUCCCACUCAGCAUUUACGACAGGUUGACGUUCUGCUUCUUGCCCGUGGCGCUUCGUGUACCCGAGAGCAGGGGCUGUCUCAUAGCGCUGGCCCAGGUUGUGGCGGAGAACUCGGCGGGAGACCUACUCAACAUCAAGGAAAUACCACUCGAGUACCUGGACCUGAAACUCGAGGACUUUCAGGGGGCAGUGUACGAGAACAGCCCACUGGCGUACCUGGCCAAGUUGGAAGCGCUGCAUGUCACCAUCAACCAGUACCUGUGGCUCUCUUUCCGCUACGCGGGCGUGUUCCGGAGCCAGACGAUGGCGCUUCAUGUGCGGUCCCUGGUGGAAAAGCGGCUGGUGGAUGCUCUGGAGCGCAUGAAUUUUGCCAAGGGCGAGCUCGAGAGCAGACGGCGCAGCAAGAGGAUGGCUGCAAUCCCAUAUGAUUCGAGACUGGACGAGAUGGACGCCAAGGAACCAGAAGAGGAGUGGGAGCCGGUGGAGAGCCAAGGCACUCGCCCUUGGCAAGGGACGCCGAAGGAAGAAGGUGUGCGAGUGCGGCCGCGGAGUGUGGCUGGAGGCUAG